GAGAAGAACAAGUUGCUACACUGCACUUCUCCUUUUUAUUUCCAGCAGCAGCCAUUGCUUCAUCUUUUUUUUCUUUUCAUUUUUGUUUCGUUCAGCUCUUUGGCAAGAGGAAGGGGAGAGGAGCAGUUUCCAUGCUUGGAAUAUUCCAUUUUUUCCAGAUACAGUGUGGAAUUAUUUUCUCCAGUCAGUGCUUAUUUUUCUUCUGCUUCUGUUGGGAUUUUUGGUCAUCUGUUUUCGAAGACAGGUUCCACACCUCUUUUUCAAAUGGUCCUGUCAUGGAGAUUCAAAUGAAAGCCAUACUUCUCUGAGGAUUGCAAGCUCCAGACAGAGGAUAAAGUGGACAUCAUUGUCAGUUAGAGAAGAGCCUGUUUCCACUUGGGCUGAGAUGGACUGAUCAUCUCCCAUCCAAAAACAAAACCAGACCAAGGCUGCACCAGGCCUAGAAAAAGGGAACUUAUCCCCACCCCCCCCCCUCCCCAAACAGCUCUAUGCAUUUUGUGAAACUGCCACGCUACCUCAAGUUCUGGUUUUGACAGUUUCCUGUUCUGCUGAAAGUCAACGAGGGGGAGGGAGUUCUCUCUCGCCCUCUCUUUCUCUCGUCUCUUCCCCUCUCUGUCUUACCCGGGGACGUCAUGACGACUGCUGUCCAACCAACAGAAUUGGUUUUCGAGUUUGCCAGUAAUGGGAUGGAUGAAAUGAACCAGCUGGACGAUCCGUCAGUGUUCCCCGCCGUGAUCGUGGAGCAGGUCCCAGAGGCCGACCUCAUGCAGGUGUACUCCGGGCUGGAUUCGGAAGAGGUUCCCAAUGGCAUCAUGGUGGACACCUCCCUGGACGUGGCCGAGGAGCAGAUAAUGGGCGGUGACAUCGGGCUCUCAGAAGCAGCGUGUACAGACACAGAGGAGAACAUGGAGACCAUUGAGGCAGCAGAAGCUCUGCUGAACAUGGAGUCACCCAACAACAUCCUGGAUGAAAAGCGCAUGAUCCACUCCUACUUGGACCCUGAUCUGACCUACAUCUCCCUGCGACCCGAGCAGCUAUCCAGCAACGGUGUGGACAUGUCGCCAGAGGAAGAGGAGUCCGUGGACAAGGUCCCGUCGAGGCGCCCCAACAAACCCCAGAGGAAAAGCAAAGCACGCAAACCGCGGGCGGUCCGCCCCUGUUCCCCCAUCACCAACCCCAGCCUGCCACUCAGGAAGAAGAGCAAAGAGGGUAAAGGCAACACCAUCUACCUGUGGGAGUUCCUCCUGGCCCUGCUGCAGGACAAGAACACCUGUCCCAAAUACAUCAAGUGGACGCAGAGGGAGAAGGGCAUCUUCAAGCUGGUGGACUCCAAGGCUGUGUCCAAGCUGUGGGGGAAGCACAAAAACAAGCCCGACAUGAACUACGAGACCAUGGGAAGGGCUCUCAGGUAUUACUACCAGCGGGGGAUCCUAGCCAAAGUGGAGGGGCAGAGACUGGUAUACCAGUUCAAGGAAAUGCCCGCUGACCUGGUCGUCAUCGACGACGAUGAGGGGCAGGGGCCCGAAUCGGGCGCGGGUCAUGCCGGGCACCGCGCGGGGACCCACGGCAGGGGCCUCUCGCACGGAGGGGCCCGGGCGGGGCGAGGCAAAGCCUCCGGGCAGCCGGUGCUGCUGCGUCCUGUGAAGAGGGAGGCCAGCCCCACGCUGGUGUAUCGCAGCGGGAGCGACGGACAGAGAGAGCAGCUGCUACAGACUCUGCACAUGCUGCAGCCCAACCAGGGAGCGGCCGCCCCCGCUCCUACCCAGACUGUGAGGACCAUCAACGUGCCCACGUCGGGCCAGGCCUCCGUCCCCAUGGUGCUGACCUCGGGAGCGCAGGGCGGGGGUACGGUCACCCUGCAGACUGUGCCUCUCUCGACCAUGCUGUCCAACGGCGACGGCAGCCACGGCUCUCCACAGAGGGUCAUCCUCCACGCCGUGCCUUCCGCCUCCACGCCCGGGGUCAAGGACCUGCUGAGCUUCCACACCUCCGGCCUCCAGGACCAGCAGCUGCUGGUGACCAGCCUGGGCUCCUCCUCCUCCGGCGUCAUCAGCACCACCGCCCAAUCCGGCUCGCUCAACGGCCUCACCCGCCUGGUCACGCUGAACGCCAGCGGGCAGCCGGUGGUGGCACAGCAGCCGGGGACGGUCAUCGCCACCGUGCUGAAGCCCAGCGAGUUCCACACGCUGCAGGUGAAGGAGGAGGUUCUGGACCCACAGUACCUGCAGUCGCUGGUCAACAGCGACGGCGUGGUGACGUUUCGGCCCGAGGAGGCGGAGGCGGGCCGGGCGGAGCUGGCGUACAGGACGGUGAUCAUCGGACAGGUCCCGGACGGCGUGAUGAACAGGCACACGGUGGAGCUCUGCGGCCAGCUGUCGUACAGCCCCAGCGAGGGCCUGACGCCCGUGGAGGAGCUGGAGAUCAACGGGGAGUCGGUCCUGCAGCCGAUGGACGUGCUCAAAGAGGAGGACGUCACCACCGAGCCUCUCCCCCAAGGUUUCCAGGAACUGUCCGUCACCAUUCACGUGCCCGCCUCCGACUUCACGGCCGCCCAAGUGAAGGCGGAGCCCGCCGAGACGUAGAGACGAAGCGCGCCGCUCCAAAUAACCAAUUUUUUUUAUAAAUAAACAUUCCUUUUCCAAACCCUUCUGAAAGCAGGGCCUUUUGUAAUUUAUUUCUUUAAAUCAAGUGUCAGCUCCAGAGGGCGGUUUACUCGCAUUCGUUGUGCCUAAAUUUUGAAUAUCAAGGGAUUUUUUUUUGUUUGUUUUGUGUGGCGUUAAACCCCCUCAGAUAGGGAUCAGAAAGCAUUCACCUCUGUUGAGCUCUCCCACCUGGCCUCCCUGCGGAGACCAGCUUUUCUCAGAACCAGUGCAUGCCUUCCAGCUGUUGCCUACAUAUCUCUCCUGAUAGACUGUGGAGUAUGGAGAGAAUUGACCCUUUGAAGUGGGGCACAUUGUGCAGUGCCACUGUGCCGCAGUGAUCGGAGGGAGACCAGCAAUGGCAGGUGCGCGAGCACAAUUAAAUCAGACCGCCGCCACAAAGAUGACAUCGUUUUCCCUUCAGCUUCGUCCUUGCGGGAAAAUAUUUAAGCAGACCAGAUAAUGACGCACUGGAAAUGCAACACAAGGUCAGGACCGAUGGACGUAUUCAGCCCACAGCCUCAACUCGUACCUGAUUAAAAAGCCAUGUCAAUAAUUCCCUAUUCGGGGGAGUCUCUGGCUGUCAGGGCUGGAGAGAUAACAGAAAAUUGGAAACUGACACCCCCUGCCCCUUUCAACACAACUGUCAGAGAACUGCAUCUGUGCCUCGGUUACCUGUGGCCUUAAAAUAUUGUGUUGCGGCGGGAAUGGGCAUUUUCUGUAUGCUGGGACAGCCCAAUUAUAGCCAUGUUUGUACAGGACUGCAGAAUUCUGGAAAAGCAGCGAUAAAAUGGACUACCUAUAUUCAGUAUAUUCUGCUUCUAUAUAAUCAGGCAUCCUAUGAAAUGUUUUCAGAUGUUUAUAAAAAGGAAUAUAUAAUGGUUAAAAGAACUACUAGUGAGAGGAAUGUUUAGACUGCAGUUGUAUUUAUUUUGUAGUGACGUCUAAAUUUGAAAUGCUUCGAAAGAGAUUUAGGCACAUUUUUUAAUUACAAAUGCAAAAGCAAAGGAAUAUAUAUAUAUACAUGAAAUAUAUAUAUCAUAAAAUUUUUAAGGAAAAAGUUUUCUUUUUUGUAUUGAAACUGUUGAAAACGUUUUCUAUGCAUUCUGGGUAAUCAUCAGAAUUUUUAUAUUUUCUUACUUUUGUGACUUAAAUGGGAAAAACAGAACGUAUGCUUAAUGUGAACUUGGGGCCUUUUUUCUAUGCAAUGUUUCCCCGUUUGUUUUCUUUGUACAUAUUCCCCGGGUUGGUCAUAGGUUUGUUCAUAUUAUAAAUGUCUUUCACAUUGCUCCUCUUGACAAUAUCAACCCCUUCUGUGGCAGCAGUUUAUCCAAAUCCUCCCCGUUCUAUCUUUUCAAAUGAGUCUUUAUGGUAACGCGUUCAACGAAUGGUCCAUCAUAAGACCUGUAUCACUCCCUAAGCACUAUUUAGCGCAUUAAUAAGCACAGCAAACAUCAAGUGUUUAUGUCAAAGGUGAGCAUUGCUGGGUCACCAAUGAUGCUUACAUUAUGCCUAGCAUUUGCACAUAAGAAUAUUGCCUAACAAUAUGCACAUAUGCAUUUAUGAAAAUCUUUGUAUUGCUUAUGAAGGUGAUAUGUAGUGCAUUGAGUGAGUCAAAUAGCUCUCAUGAAGGACCGUUCAAAGUUCUUUAGAUCCGCAGAGCUUUCCGCAUGUAUCCAGAGAUAUGAGUUUACAUCCAUACCCUCCACAUGUCGUUUGAACAGUGCCUAGUUCCACUGUUGGACACCACACAUAUAUAUAUAUAUUUGCUCUGAGCAGGUUAGAUGGCCAUGCCUGCACACGUGUGGCCAGGCAGUAUUUCUUUAGCCUAUUGAUUGUGAAAAAGGACUUCAACUAAUCAUUAGGACCUCAGCCAGGAGCUAGCUAAUAGGCUCCAGUCUGCCCUGACUGAGCCCAGUAUCGGAGACGGUGUCAAUAUAAUACAUUUCUAACCCCCCCCCCCCCCCCCCCCCCUUUUGUUAUGACAAUCCAUAUUUGUUUUGCGCAUUAUGAUAUUCUCAGGUGUUUAUCAGACUUUGUCAGAGGCGUAGUUUCACGGUCAGUGUCGCAGACUCUCAGCUCGCUGCCAUGGGAAAUAACGGCAGGGCAACCCGCUCAAGGAGCUGUCCCCACGCUGUCCCCACGAGCCAGUGUUUCCUUUCUCCCAGGGGACCCCGUGUCCUGCCUGCCGCGGGCUGUCGGGUGCGGUGUCAUGUCAGUUUGUCUCUCUCUCCCACUUUCUCUCUCUCUCUCUCUCUCUCCCUCUCCCUCUCUAGCCGCCAUCUCGUCUAUCCUGUCUUUCGUAAGCUGGGCUGCUGCACACAAGUGCAGAACGUUUGUUUUGGUGGAUUUUUUUUUUCCAGAGAGAAAAAAAUAAAACAUUGUUCGCUUCAAAGCAAAA